AUUUUCUGAAGACCAUAUAUAAUCAUCGCUUGUUGCCCUAUCGGUAUUGAACUGCCCUCUCUUCUCUCGGCCUUGACAGGGUUUCCUGGCUGCUGCUUGUGCGGUUCUACGAGUUCUGUCUUGCUAGCUUGUCGAAGAUGGUUCUUCCGAACGAUAUUGAUUUGCUCAAUCCUCCGGCCGACCUCGAGAAGAGGAAGCACAAGCUUAAGCGUCUCGUGCAGUCGCCCAACUCUUUCUUCAUGGAUGUUAAGUGCCAAGGCUGCUUCAACAUAACUACGGUUUUUAGUCACUCGCAAACGGUUGUGGUAUGUGGGAACUGCCAGACCGUGUUGUGUCAGCCAACUGGUGGGCGUGCCAGACUGACGGAGGGCUGCUCUUUCAGAAGAAAGGGCGAUUGAUUAUGAUCGUGAUGGAGUCAGAUUCCGUUUUUCCGCUGCCUUUGUAAAUGGCAGAAUUGAGUUACUUGAGAUGGGUUCAGUUAUGAUAUGAAGCGUUUAUGUUUUUGAUUCAGUCUUUAGUGGUUUGAAGACAUGUUUUUAUCUAUAGACUACAUCUUCUCCCUGAUGUUCUUCUUUUACGUUAAAGUGUAAUUCGGGGAUUGCAUAUCAACUUAAUACAACUAAACAUUGUUUUAA